UUGGCCGAAGUGGGCCGACUCGAGACACCCAAACUGGAGGGCAAGUACUCGACGGGACAACUGCUUCUUCACCGGGUGUUUGGCUAUCGGGGCGUAACUCUGUUCCCGUGGAUGGCCAGAGUGUACGACAGGGAUGUCUCUCAUAUAAUCGGUUUGUGUUCACCGCUCAAACCCGAGCCCCAGUGGCCGUCACUCUUACCCGUUGUGUUGAUACCCUCUCGCAGGACAACGACGACAACCACUACUGCCUCCACCGCCGCCGCCGAUGAGGCCUCGAGUGCCGGCUAUAACACAGUGGGCCGUGAAGUGAGAGGACACACUCACACCUACUAUCAGGUGCUGAUCGACACGAGGGACUGUCCUUUUGUGAGGACUCAGACCGAAGCGGUGACAUUUCUGGGCAAUCAGGAGAACAGUCGGUCGCUGUACGCCAUCCCAGGCCUGGACUAUGUGGCCCACGAAGACAUACUCCCGUACACGUCC